UCCGCCUCUUCGAAAACUUGUCAGUUAGUAUAAAUUGCCCCACCCAGUUACUUCACUAAACUUCUCACUAUAGACUCCUAAUCGGUCUUUCAGUGAGAGUCGCAUAUAAAAGUUGUUUUAAUUCUUCAUAUUCGCCCCAGAUCGUUUCUGCCUUAUCAUGCGUGAGUGCAUCUCCAUCCACGUUGGCCAGGCUGGUGUCCAGAUUGGCAAUGCCUGCUGGGAGCUCUACUGCCUGGAGCAUGGGAUCCAGCCGGAUGGGCAGAUGCCCAGUGACAAGACCAUCGGAGGAGGGGAUGACUCCUUCAACACCUUCUUCAGUGAGACGGGAGCUGGGAAGCAUGUGCCCAGGGCUGUCUUUGUGGAUCUUGAGCCCACGGUCAUUGAUGAGGUACGUAGUGGGAUCUACCGGCAGCUGUUCCACCCUGAGCAGCUCAUCACUGGCAAAGAAGAUGCUGCCAACAACUACGCCCGUGGACAUUAUACCAUCGGCAAAGAGAUCAUCGACCUGGUUUUGGACAGGGUCCGCAAACUGGCUGACCAGUGCACAGGUCUCCAAGGAUUUCUGGUGUUCCACAGCUUUGGAGGUGGUACCGGUUCUGGUUUUACCUCCUUGCUGAUGGAACGCCUGUCUGUCGACUACGGCAAGAAGUCCAAAUUGGAGUUCUCCAUCUACCCCGCCCCUCAAGUGUCCACAGCUGUGGUGGAGCCCUACAAUGCCAUUCUAACCACCCACACCACCCUAGAGCACUCUGACUGUGCCUUCAUGGUUGAUAACGAGGCCAUUUAUGACAUCUGUCGAAGGAACCUCGACAUUGAGCGUCCAACCUACACCAACCUCAACAGGUUGAUUAGCCAGAUUGUGUCCUCCAUCACUGCUUCCCUGCGAUUUGAUGGUGCCCUCAAUGUUGAUCUGACAGAAUUCCAGACCAACUUGGUGCCCUACCCUCGUAUCCACUUUCCUCUAGCUACUUAUGCCCCAGUUAUCUCUGCAGAGAAGGCAUACCAUGAGCAGCUAACUGUAGCUGAGAUCACAAAUGCCUGCUUUGAGCCGGCCAAUCAGAUGGUGAAAUGUGACCCCCGCCACGGCAAGUACAUGGCCUGCUGCUUGUUGUACCGUGGUGACGUGGUGCCCAAAGAUGUCAAUGCAGCCAUCGCCACCAUCAAGACCAAGCGCACCAUCCAGUUUGUGGACUGGUGCCCCACUGGUUUCAAGGUUGGCAUCAAUUAUCAGCCUCCUACUGUGGUUCCAGGUGGAGAUCUGGCCAAGGUUCAGAGGGCUGUAUGCAUGCUGAGCAACACCACUGCUAUUGCAGAGGCCUGGGCUCGCCUAGAUCACAAGUUUGAUCUGAUGUAUGCCAAGCGAGCCUUCGUGCACUGGUAUGUGGGAGAGGGUAUGGAGGAGGGAGAGUUCUCUGAAGCUAGGGAGGACAUGGCAGCCCUGGAGAAGGAUUAUGAGGAAGUGGGAGCAGAUAGUAUGGAUGGCGAAGAAGAGGGAGAAGAGUAUUAAGUUGUAUAUGAAUGUUACUGUCUUCCAAACCUGUAAGCCUCUUUCCUUUCAGUUUUGAACUAUUAAUUCUGUCCCAGACAUUCUCUUGUUUGAACACUUUCCUGUUGUAAUAAAUUAACUGCCUUUU